CCAAGUAUCAAUGAAACCAGUCUCCUAAACAUUUAGUUCAGAAUUUCUAUAAUGACAAUGAAUUGAGCAAAAUGAUAUAUUGUUGGCAAAGAAACAUUGCAAAAGAACAAAACUAAUGGAGCUGGAUCACCUUAUGGCAACUCUGUUAGACCUGCUUCGCUCCCUAAACUCGUUGCAUUUCGAGAGUUUCGCUUUUCAGCAUUAUGCCGUGUGCAACAAGGACACAGGUGUGCAAUGCAGAAUUACAUGAAACCUUUCUAGAAUUAGACUCGUUAAGCAAAGAAUACAAGGUGAAUGUGAAAUGCAAUUCCUGCAAAUUCCCCCUCAACUGUAAAUAUAGAGAAUAUAUCAGUUUAGUGAUCAUGUCCAAUGGCUACACUUUUAAGGAGAGGAUAAACAGGUGUGAUACAUGCUGGCUGAAGAAUAAUGCUGCUCACCUGCCAUUUCCCAGAUGUGACCUUGCACUAACUGCCUGUAGCUUUGGCCACGUUUACCUUUCAGUGCACGUAUAUAACAAGAGAAGCACAGGGUUCAUAUCCUUUUUUCACUGCUGCCUUGUGCUUCAAUACAGUCAUGGCUGGCCUCAACAUCUUGGUGGCUUUCUUUGCAUCAACUAUAGCAGUGUGCCAACUUCUUCGCUGGGCUGCCAGGAAGUUCCUGCCUGACCGGUUCUAUCAGUGCACUGCCAGUGAGUUGGCCAGUUCACUUCAGUUAUGUGCUUGCUGCCUGGAGCUGCGGAUGCUGGUGGAAAUUGGUAUGUGGGGAGGUGGUUAUGGCCCUGAUGUGGUCACAACACUGCUGUUUCUUCUGUUCGUCGCCCAUGGAUUCACUUUUGAUAAAGCGUCCGGCAACUCUGCAGUGUCCCUGCAGGAGUUCCUUCUCCGUGACUCCCCUCUUCUAGACACCACGGCUAAGUUACUGGCACAGUACAUGGGCAUGGAAGCUGCAAAAGUGCUAACGAAACAUUAUUGGGCAUUGGAGCUCACAGAAUUCCACAUGAUUCAGAAUCUGAUGGCUCAGGACUGCAGCUCGUCCCUGCAAACUUCAGUUGCACAUGGUGUCUUUGUUGAAGGGUUGUGCGCUUUCUGUUUCCAUCUGGUGCUCCUCCGCUUCAAAAGCAUAAGGCUGAUCUACAGGGUUCCUAUAGUUGCACUUACUGUCUCUCUCCUGUCUUACACAGCCGGGUCGUACACUGGAGCUUUCUUUAACCCUAUGCUGGCUGCCACACUGACCUUCCAAUGCUCUGGAAACAGUCUAAGGGAAUAUUCACUGGUGUACUGCUGUGGCCCUUGUGCUGGCAUGGCACUGGCCCUCCUCCUGUAUCAAGGCAACAUCCCCCUGCUCUUUCAGAGAAACCUGCUGUACUCCCAGAAGGGCAAAUACAAAACUCCAAAGACAAAAGCUCAUCAAUCGUCUGCAGCUAAGGCUUCAGAUAAGCUUAAAUCUUCUCAAAAGGGAAAAGCACCUGAGAAGAAAGCUGGUCAAGAUGAGUCCAGGAAAGCAGGGACUUUGCCAACCCAGAAACGAAGCGGCUAAACGCUGCAGUGAUGAUGAUGAUGAUGAUGAUGAUGAUGAUGAUGAUGAUGAUGGGAGAAUGACACAAUGGAGGCAUUCCUCAAAGCAUUCUAUUUGAAGAAGGGAAUUAAGCUGUUUAAUUUUCAGAAGUAAUCAAAAGGCAAUCAGAUGGCACUCGCAGUUUCACACAACGUUUCAGAGGAUCUACCCCCUUUCUCAAGUGUGCUUGAGAAAGGGGGUCGAUCCUCCAAAACGUUGUGUGAGAUCUAAAUAAAUCACAAAUUGCAAGUACAUUUUGCUGCGUGAGUGCCGUCUGAUUGCCUUUUGAUUAUUAAUUUAUGAUGUAUAUGGAAUAGUGGAGCAGCGAAGUUCCCAGAUAGAGCACCACACAAGUGUAUCCACAGAAUUUGGGUUUGGAUUAACGGGUAAUUUUCAGAAGUAUUGAUUUGCCAUUGUUUUUUAUUGUUAGAAACAUGAAAUUACAGGUGUUGAAUGUUAUUGAUAUCAAUGGGUUAAAUAGAGCUUGCAAGCUUGGUCCUUUUUGACAUCAAUUGUGUUAAAAAAGCCUUUAGUUCCUCACAUUUUUAUGAAAUCUUUUUGUUCAACCCACUGAAUUAAAGCUGAA